CUCGGUCGGCAGGCUGCAGUUCCUCUUGCUGGUGCUUCAUCGGGACCCUCUUCGGAAAUGCUCGUCGCUGUUUUAGAAUGUAAGCUCGUGACGUCGGACUGAAGGUGCAGUACACGAGGGGAAGGGAACACGAGGCUGAUUGGCACAAUGGACCAAGAUUUGCAGCAAAGGGUGUUGCGAGGUCUGUCGUCGGCGAUGGAUCAUCUGCAGAAUUACUGGUCGGAGUUGCAGGGCGUUUUCCAGCAGCACUUCAGUGCGAUGGACGAGCAGACCGCGGUCUUGGUCACGCUGGGAGUGUUCGUGUUUACUCUUCUCUUGGUGUACGUAGUUAUUCGAGGUGCUCUGAAGGGGAACAAAAGGGACACGAUUUUACUUCUCGGACUCAGUGGAGCUGGCAAGACAGCUCUAUUUUACCAGCUGCGGGAUGGAUCAGUACAUAAUGGAACUGUUACCUCAAUGGAACCUAAUGAAGGCCGUUUCAUACUCAACUCGGAAUCCGGAGAAAAGAAGGGGAAGAAAUCCAAACCUGUUCAUAUCGUAGAUGUUCCAGGGCAUCCGAGGUUGAAGACCAAGAUUGACGAGCUUCUUCCUCAAGCAAGUGGAAUCGUUUUUGUGGUUGACGCACUGGAUUUCAUGUCUCAACUUCGGCCGACAGCAGAGUAUUUGUAUGAUGUGCUUACGAAGGCGUGGGUUGUUAAGAAGAAAAUUCCAGUUCUUCUAACCUGCAACAAGAUUGAUAAAGUCACUGCGCAUUCUAUGGAUUUUAUUCGCAAGCAGCUGGAGAAAGAGAUAGAAAAAUUGAGAGUCACCAGGAAAACUACAUCCGAUGCAGAUGUCGGAACAGAAAUAUCAAUCGGAUCAGACAGUAGUCCUUUCCAGUUCACGCAGUGCUCCAACAAAGUGUCUAUCGUGGAAACUUCAGUUCUCCAAGGGAAAAUCACGGAAAUUGAAGUUUUCAUCAAAGAGUAUGUACCUAGGUGAGGAUACACCGCUUGUAACUUAUAUUGUGGAUUCAUUAUUUUGCAAUGAAUUGGAGUAUUCAUAUGAAUCAGUUCGCUACGGCCAUUCGGCCAGAUUCUUGGAGCGGAAGCGGAAAGUUUCCUAGGUGGAUGGUGGUUUUGGGACUUGAGACUGGUAAAUUCCAUGUCUGGACAUAGAGCCGAAGAUGAACCGGUAGUUGCAAUUCUGGGCAAAAGAUCGUGAGAUAAUGUGCGCUGGUUUGGAAGUUUUUCUACCAUCUCUUUUCGGAAACUCGUAUGGAGACGACGGUCCAAACUGCUGUUGCAAACUUGUGACAACGUUUUCCCUCAAGUCCUCAUUCGACGAACGGUAUGAACUUUGAAUUGCAAGGCGCACUUUGUCAAAAAGAUCGGUAGUUGUCGAUUGUUUUAGAUAGCAGCAGCUGUAGAUUAUCCAUUACACUCGGUGAUAUUGUCAACUCGUGUAGUUCUGAAUGUCAUGCUCCCUUUUUAAGAUUUGGGAGUUUUACAGUAGUAAACAUUAGCUUGGAACCGAUUUAUUCAAGGAUCCGCACAGUCGUGGCCAGACCCUCCCGGAGAGCGUCAAUAGAAGAAGAACUAGCAGGCCUUUAUGUGCCAACGUGUAAUUUGUCUUUCUGACUGAGUCCUAAUCAAUUGCAAAUCAGAAGAGCACCUGAGAAAAUAUUCUUGACAGC